AUGCGAUCCACCAUCCUCACCACCACAACCCUCCUCACCUUCUCCCUCUUCUCCACCGCAACACCCAUCCCCAUCCCCUUCUCCCUGGCCACCCGCGACACAGGCCUAACCGAAUCCCAAGUCGCCGCCAUCGCACCCAAAUCCAAGUCCUGCGACAAUCCGCCAGCGAAGGGCGAAUGUGCCACCGCCAAACAAGCCGCCAAAUCGACGGCACAGUCCUUCGACACCUACAAGGUCACGUCCAAGGCCGAGCAGGCGGCGGUGCUGAGUCUGAUGGCGUUUGAGAGUGAUGAGUUCAAGUAUAAUAAGAAUCAUUACCCUGGUGUAGCGGGGCAGGGCACUCGCAACAUGCAAUCCCCCGCCUUCAACAAAAAAUACGCCUCCUCCCUCCCCGCCCUCAAAGACAAGCUCGCAAAGGUCUCCAACAACCCGGCCGACCUGCUGGAUCUGCUGCGCAGUAACCCGGCCCACGACUUUGGCUCUGGCGCUUGGUUUCUGACGACGCAGUGCUCCAAGGAUGUGCGCUCGGCGCUGCAGUCUGGGUCCGAGACGGGCUGGCAGAAGUAUAUUAGUGACUGUGUCGGCACUUCUGUUACGGAGGAGCGGAAGGAGUAUUGGGAGCGCGCUGUUAAGGCGCUUGGUGUGAGUUCUUGA